GCACAAAUUCAUUCUCGCGCCUUUUCUUUUUUAUUUAGCCGCUUCUUUUUUUGGGUUAUUUAUUUAUUUUUUUCAAAUUUCCCUCAAAUCUUAAAAGGUUUGUAUUUUCUUGGUAAACUUGAAAGAGAAACAUUGCAAUUGCAUUUUCAUGUACCCAAUAUUAAUUGUCGAGAGCCCACCCCCUUCCCUUCUCUCUGACAUCGUAACUCUCUCCUCUCCAUCGAUCUCGCUCCACCUGCUCGCCGUCGCUCUAUAUGCUCGUCAUCGCCGUCGAUUCGUCUGCUCGUCGUCACCGUCGCCCGUCUGCUUUCCGUCACCGUCGAAGUGCCCCGCCAUUGAAGAUCUGAAAUCCCCAAUACAGGGUGCUUUUCGGCAUUUCGUUCUCCAAAACGUUAGUUAUCUUCAAAGUGGUAAUUUACGAAGUGGAUGGAUCCUGAAGAGUACAAAGUCCAAGUCAUUUUAUGUAAAGCAAACUGGUGGAUGCCCUGAGAUGAGUAGUUAUCUACAAAGUGGUAAUCUACGAAGUGGAUGGAUCCCGAAGAGUACAAAGUCCAAGUCAUUUUAUGUAAAGGUUCAUUAGUUGAGGAUGAUUUUUCCAAGAAAGAAAAGAUCGCAGCAUUCAGGCCGCUCUAAAGAACAUUAUGUUGAUAUUGCACCUGAGAUCUUACAAGAAGAGGACGAAGAAGUACCAGAUGGCCCAUUUACAGAGGAGUCGAAUCAAACUAAAAGAAAGAGGGGUCCUACUAGAAUGAAGACAAUUUCCACAAAUGAUGGUCAACAAAUUGAGAUUGAAUGGAAUGAAAACGGCCAGUUUAUUGAUGACGGAUCUAUUGACUUAUCUUCUUACAUGGGCUGAGAGGUUGUCCCUAUAACAUUUGAUACUUGGAAGGAUGUUCCUAAGAAAACAAAGGACAUCCUAUGGCAAGCAAUCAAGGCAAUAUGGAGAUAAGUCAAUUCUGAUCCCUCUACUUCAAGGUGAACAAUUUAUAGUUUAUAAAUUUUACUUGUGUUAAUAUAUAUUUUUUGGUAAAUGUUAUGGAUAUUUUAUCAAAUCACAGAAUAAAUUGGUAUUAAGUGAAGAUUGGCAAAGAACAUAUUGUUUUGAAAGGAUGAAUAAUGUUUGCGGAUCACAUAAAUCAGUAGUUCUCAAGUCCAUAAGAGAAGCAAGAAAUCGGAAAGCAAGGCUUCGACUAAAACCAAAUAAUGUCAAAUUAAUUCAAGAUUGGAAGACUUUCCUUGCAAAGUGUAAGCUCAUUUUCCUUUUGUUUUAUUUCUAAGAUUAGUUAUCUUCUUUUGAGUUCAAAAUUGGGCCAGAGAAAUCAAAUUGAUAGUAGUUAAAGGUCUAUUUCAACACCAAGCCUGUCUACACAAGAAUUUGGUGUUAGUUAAACAUGUGUAUGAUUCUAUCUUGAUUGCAUGUUAAUUUAGUUUGAAGAUAGAUUUGGUACAUGCUAGCUAAUUGAUACGUGAUAUGAAUCAUUGGUUUCCUUUUGAUAGGACAAAAGCGAAACAUUCAGAGAGAUGAAGUCUAAGCAACUCCCGCACACAUUAGUCGCAAAGGAUAUGCUAG